AUGUCAAACUUAACAAUGUCAUCAGAUAGCCAAGAAGUCCAACAACUAAAACAACUACUCGAUGAAGCAAGAGCGAGGGAGAGAGGACAUAGAGAAGCCGAGCGGUCGUUGAGAGAACACUUCGGCAUAAUCCGAGACGUUGUGAAUCGCCAUCUUGCGUUUGCUAAUCUCAUGCGAGAAAAUGGUGAGGGACGCUCUGCAACUGUUUCAAAACGUCACAAUUUUGCAGCGAAUGUUCAAAACCAGGAGCUCGAGCAACAACGUCUUCAAAUCAGAGCUCUUCAGGAACAAGUUACUAUACUGAAUAUUGAUUUAAUCCUCUCACGUGCAAGUAUCGAUCAGAUGCGUCGUCAGAUUGCUGGAGAAAUUGAGCCAAUGAAGACAGAAUAA